CCUCUGUAUAUUCAUCUCUGCGUUUAGCCCCUUUUACAGGUUCUGUAUCUUUCUAUUUUUCAUUUUUAUUUUUUUUCCCUUUUAAUUUACUAAUAAUUAUUUAUUUUCCAUAGACAAGAUUUUCAUAGCUUUAGCCAGGGUGAAUCAUAGUUUCAGCGAGUGAAUUUCCUAGAAGAAAUACAUAAAGAAAGAAAAUCAACUUUUUUUUAUCAAUUUCAUUUUGAAAAUAGACUUCGUGUGCAUUUCAUUUGUGAAAUGGAUUUUCCAUCGGUGUUUUGUUGAAAAAGGCGAAAGAAAAAGGGAUUUCUGUGAAGGUUUGAUCUGUUAGGGUUUGGUUUUUUUGGGGCGUUGUUGAUUUGAUUGUUGAUUAUUGAGAGGAACAUGGAUAAGAAGAAGUUGGCAGUGCCUUUAGUUUGCCACGGGCAUUCGCGUCCUGUUGUGGAUUUGUUCUACAGUCCUGUUACUCCUGAUGGCUUUUUUCUCAUAAGUGCCAGCAAAGAUUCUAGCCCAAUGUUGAGAAAUGGAGAGACCGGAGAUUGGAUUGGGACCUUUGAAGGACAUAAAGGUGCAGUGUGGAGUUGUUGCCUUGAUACUAAUGCAUUGCGAGCAGCAUCUGCAUCUGCAGAUUUUACAGCGAAAUUGUGGGAUGCUUUGACUGGGGAUGAAUUACACUCUUUUGAGCAUAAGCACAUUGUUAGGGCUUGUGCCUUUUCAGAGGAUACACAUCUUCUACUUACUGGCGGAGUGGAGAAAAUUCUUCGUAUAUUUGACUUGAAUCGUCAGGAUGCACCCCCAAGAGAAGUUGACAGUUCACCUGGUUCUAUUAGAACUGUUGCAUGGCUUCACAGCGACCAGACCAUAUUAAGUUCUUGUACUGACAUGGGUGGUGUGAGGUUAUGGGACAUACGAAGUGGAAAAAUUGUUCAAACUCUUGACACGAAGUCACCUGUAACUAGCGCUGAAGUUAGUCAGGAUGGUCGAUAUAUAACUACUGCUGAUGGGUCUACAGUUAAAUUUUGGGAUGCAAAUCACUUUGGGCUGGUGAAGAGCUACAAUAUGCCAUGCAAUGUGGAAUCAGCUUCAUUGGAACCAAAACUUGGUAAUAAAUUUGUCGCAGGUGGAGAAGAUAUGUGGAUCCAUGUAUUUGAUUUCAAUACAGGAGAACAGAUUGGGUGCAACAAGGGUCACCAUGGUCCUGUUCAUUGUGUGCGGUUCUCCCCUGGAGGUGAAUCUUAUGCUUCAGGGUCUGAAGAUGGAACUAUCAGAAUCUGGCAAACAGGGCCCGCAAAUCUCGAGGAGAAUGAUUCACUCUCCAGAAAUGGGCCAACUGGAAAAGUGAAGGCAUUAGCUGAUGAUGUAGCCCAUAAGAUCGAAAGCUUUCAUAUAAGCAAAGAAGGGAAAGCUUCUGAGAAGGACAAGGCAACAGAUGCCUGACUAGGGCUUUAAAGUUUAGAUUGUCUAUGGGAUUCAACCUGUUUGUUUUGGUAUUUGCUCGAGUGUUAAGUUGUUGGCAUGUUCAUGUGACUUAUUGAGGGUUGUUCUUCUGUGAAAAUAAAUUGACUUAUAAAGCAAAUCAAGAUCAGACCUAAGAAUCUAUGUUUUUCAUA